AUGACUUUUCAUAUAUAUCUUGUAGCAGGUUAUACUUAUGAAUUAAAUACAGAAAAUAUGAAGAAAAUUCCAUCAUUAAUUUUGAAUAAUUCUGUAUAUAUGAAACAAUUUUAUGAUCCUAUUCGGCAAGUUUAUUGUAUUUCACGUAAUCGUGCUUUUUUUGAAAUACUUGUUUUCUAUAUUAAUCAUGGAAUUUUAUCGAGACCUAUUGAUAUACCACUUUUUUUAUCAAAAUUAAAAGAAACUUAUGAUAUUCCUCAAAUAUCAGAUACAACUGAAAUUCGUUAUUUACCUCGAUCAUCAAUAAAAAAAAUUCUUUGGCGUUCAAUGGAAUAUAAUGAAACUUUAUUUGGUCCAUUAUAUCGGUUUAUUUUUGGUUUAAUAUGUAUAUGUUCAAUAUUUUUAUUCAUGUAUGAAAUAGUUGUAACAAGAAAUGAAAAUUUUCUUGAAUUUAUUGAAAAAUAUCGUGGUUAUUUUCAAAAUAUAAUACAUCCUGUUAAUGUAACUGUACAUGUUAUUGAUUAUCGUCCUCAUAUAAAAUGUUUAGCAUUUUCAAUUGAAAUUAUAUUUAUUUUUCUUUGGACUAUUGAAUUAUUUUUACGCAUAUUUUCUGCACCAAGUUUAUAUCUUUGUAUAAAAUCAAUUUUUUUCUGGGUUGAUAUAAUUAAUUUAUUGAAUACAAUUCUUUAUGGAAUAUUUAGUUUAAUAUAUAAUCGUCAAAAAGAUCUUUUAACUAAUCAUAUUAAGUCAAUGACAUUAAUUUUUCAAUUAAUUGAUAUUUUUAAAACAUUAAGAAUGUUGAAACUUGGUAGAUAUCAUAAAUCAAUAAAACUUAUUCUUGAAUCUCUUGGAGAAGCUUCAAUGGAUUUUUUAGCAUUUAGUAUUGUUUUAAUAGGUAAUAGUUGUGUAUUUGGUGCAAUUAUCUAUGCAAUUGAACGAACAACAAAUCCAUCAUCAACUAUACUUUUUCCAAAUGUUGGAAAUAGUGUUUAUUAUACAUUAUUAGCUAUUACAAAUGUUGGUUUUGAAGGCUUUUUACCGUCAACUUAUUUAGGAAAAUGGAUUGCUUGUGCAGCAAUUACUAUUGGUAUAUUAACAAUUAAUAUAGCAUUACCAUUGAUUUUAUCACCAUAUACACGACAAUUACUUAUCAAAAAUAAACAUAUCAUUUAUCGAAAUGAUUUAGGAUUGGAAAUUCCAAAUGAUAAUCCAGAUUCUCAAUCACAUAUACAAAAAUGUUGGCAAUCAUCCGUUUCUUCUUCAAAUGAUUUAAUUAAACCUUAUUUGACUGAUCCUUCAUUUCUACAUGAACUUGAUUGGUUAUUUGAUACAUCUGAAAGCAAAUCUUCAACAUCACAAUCAAAAGAAACUAAUUCUCCACAUGCUGAUCCACAACUUGUUAAAUUAUUCAAAUCUUUUAAUGAUCAAAAUACAACAGUAACUGAUCCAAAAAUAAUAACAUAUAUUCGCGAGCAUAUGGAUCCAAAUGAAAAAUUUUAUAUUCGAAAUAUUGUUUUAUCUUAUUUGGAGGCAUGUUUAAUUAAUCGUGGCACACAAAAGAAAAUUCAAGAAGAUAUUGCAAAAAAACGAAUGACUGUACUUAAUGCUAUUAUUGAACAUAAACCAGAAGCAGAAAUUCAAGCUGUCUAUGCUAUUCAAAAUUUUGUUAAUAAACUUGAACAUCCACCAAGAAUUGCUCGACUACUAUUCGAUAUAUUCUAUGAUGAAGAAUGUGUAAGUGAAUAUGCAUUUUUUGAGUGGCUUCAACAUCCAGAUCAAUCUGAAACUGAAGGGCAUGCUGUUGUUGAAAAGUCAACAGAAGAUUUUUUUACUGGGUUACAACAAGCUGAAACAGAAGUGGAAGAAGGCGAAGAAAAAGAAGAAGAAAAUUAA